UUAGAAUUCUACAUGAUUCUAGCUACUGGAACAUCCAAAACAUGUCGUUUGUUAGAAUGGCCACAUUCCACUCGAUACAUGUGACAUUUUAAUAGCCUAACAAUCUUUGAAUUUACGCGUUUCUGCCUGGCUGCCAUGCUUUUAUCACAUGACAAAUAUCCCUGUAGAGCACUGAAAGGUAGUUGUCAUGGAGAUGCGGGGUAGAUCUGAUGCUUCCAGCUCGAGAUUCAAGUGAACGAUUUUUUUAGCAGCAACGACGGAACAGUUGACAAGAAUCCGAUUCUCGUUCACAGGCAGACCACCACACAGCCUUACCAUAAUGCAGGAGAUGAGGAACGGGAUGAUGCACUUCCCACCACCUGUGAGCAGAGACAGGGUCAUAUCCAAGUUCCCAAAGUGUUAUACUCCACAGGCCUGUCUGCAGAUGAAGGAGGACUGGGAUACCCAGGCCAAGGCUACCUGCAAAGAAAGAGCUGACAGGCAUCAGGGAUGGGACAGACUGAAGAUGUCCAAAGCAGUGGUUGUUGGUGACCUUAAUGUGGGCAAGACCUGCCUAAUAAACCGGUUCUGCAAAGAUGUAUUUGACAGAGACUACAAGGCUACCAUAGGAGUGGACUUUGAGAUUGAGAGGUUUGAGCUUUCAGGAGCUCCAUUCUCCCUUCAGAUCUGGGACACAGCUGGCCAGGAAAAAUUCAAAUGCAUCGCUUCAGCAUACUACAGAGGAGCUCAGGUGAUAAUCACAGUAUUUGACAUGGCAGACAUUAAGAGCUUGGAGCACUCAUGGCAGUGGUUAGAUGAGGCCAUGAGGGAGAAUGAACCUGGCUCCUGUUCUGUUUUCCUGGUCGGAACCAAGAGUGACCUACUUGCUCCAGAGGAGCGCCAGAGGACUGAGAGAGAUGCCAUCAAGAUAGCAACUAAAAUGAAAGCUGAGUUUUGGUCUGUUUCGGCCAAGACAGGGGAGAACGUGCAGGGGUUCUUCUUCCGGGUGGCAUCUCUGGCCUUUGAAGACUCUGUACUGAAGGACAUGGAGACAGGGAUCACCUCCACUCGAAUAGGAGGAGGAGACAGCAUCAAAUCUGACAGAGCCAACCUGGAGGAGCCCCAGUCCAAAGCAGUGAAUACGAAUUGCUGCUGAGAAAAGAGAAGAGGACUUUAAGUAGGAGUCAAGAGAAGGAAGGGGAGUGAUAUGUCUAGAAAGAUGUUGAAAUAGUGGAUUUUAAAAGUGGAAAGAGCUGUGACUGACAUGUGCCUCUAUUUCUCAGUCUUCACUGGUAUCAUUCGUACGUGGACACACAAGCGUCUACAGCCUUUAUAAUCAUCAUUUAGUACUGCCAUUUUGGGAUGUAAUGUAUCAACUUCCUUGAUUUUAAUCCGGUCAUCAAUGACCUUUAUUAUAUGCAUUGUAAAGUAUUUUAUGAAUUCAGUAUUUUGUCGAAUUUUGGAAAUUAGGGUGCAUUUCAGACUUAUUUGUAGAAGAAGUGGUUUGAUAGUUUAUGUAAUAUACUGUAUUAUCGUUAUGUAUUGUGUAGCCCUAACAUUCUGCAGUUACAUUUCCAAUAAUUUUAUUGCAUAUUUUUGUUAUUACUGCUAACCUCGUUGUUAGGCUGAAUUGUUUCUGCACAGAGACAGAGCUGGCUGGUGAUGACAUUACCCCUAAUCAAAAUAAAGUUUCAUAUUUUUGUAUGGGUCUUCACAACA